UAACUUCUAGUUUUGAUAUAAACAUUGGGCACCACGGCGAUAUCGCUUCUCGGAAAUUUACUGAUGAGAUUGGUCGAUUUAUCUCUGUUUCUCAUUGAACUCAAUUCAUGUGACUUGCUACCAGAAUGUAAACAAGCGAAUGCAAUAGAAGUGCUUAUUUUCAAAUGUACCGCUUCAUAUUAUUUUAACUUGGCUGUAUUAAAUUAUUUUGCGGAAUAACACGCAACGUUCCCCAACACAAAUAAAGAGUCUGAGCGUGAUAAGUAAACACCGUAAACACCAAAAUAAAUUUCUUCUUCAUUCAUGAACACCGGGUGUUACACAAGAGUGUUUUGAAUUGGUAACUGCUUCAGUAAAAAAAAAUUCAUCACCCUGCUUAAAAUGAACUUUCUUCGAAGUCGCUAUUCGGUGCUGGCACACACUUUCAGUCAGUAUUCAAAUACACUGCUGUUGAAGAUCGUCGUCUCUGGAGGUACCGAAAACGCGUAUCAUUUUGUUGAUAACAAAUCAUUACUUUUCAGUAUUAGUUCAAGAAGACAUUUUUCUAAAUCAACCAAACGGAAUAUGAGGUUCGUUCAGUUCACGGCGGGUUCCGAUGGCAUCCAGCGUCUUGGAGUCAUGUCGGCUAAUGGUAGUAACAUUUCCGACAUUUCCGAUAGCGCUGCAAGUGACUUGAUCAGCUUAAUUAAAUCUGGUGUAUCGUUGGAUUCGAUUGAACAGAAAGCCGCUAAAGCUAAAAUAUUUCCAAUUGGUGAGGUCAAAUUGUUAGCUCCAGUAUCAAACCCACAGAAAAUUCUCUGCAUUGGUUUGAACUAUCGGGGACACUGUGAAGAACAAAACAAACCGAUUCCGAAAGAACCGAUGUUUUUUAGCAAAUAUGCAUCGACCAUUGUUGGACCUUAUGAUGCAGUUGUGGCCCAUAAAAUAUCGAAUCAAAUUGAUUGGGAAGUUGAACUGGCAGUCAUCAUUGGGAAGGAGGCGAAACAUGUGACAAAAGCUAACGCUUUGAACUACGUGUUUGGUUACACAGUGGCACAGGAUAUUUCAGCUCGUGAUUGGCAAAAAAGUCGCAACGGAGGUCAAUUCUUAAUUGGUAAAUCUAUGGACACCUUCUGCCCUCUGGGGCCGGCUGUGGUACACAAAUCGUUAAUCAAAGAUCCAGAAAAUCUGGCCAUCAAAUGCUUCGUCAAUGGGGUGGAAAAGCAGAAUGGUAACACAAGUGAGCUGGUCUUCAAAAUAGACGAUAUCAUCGAACAAGUUACGCAAUCAAUAACAUUGUUACCUGGAGAUGUGAUUCUAACAGGAACACCGGCCGGUGUAGGAAUGCACCGUAAUCCUCCGGAAUUUCUACAUCCUGGAGACGUCAUCGAAAGCGAAAUCGAGAAAAUUGGACGAAUUAAAAACAGUGUAGUCACUGACCAAUGAGAUUAUAAAAAGGGUGGUCUGUUUCUUUUUAAAUAGUUAUUUACCAAGAAUUUUUCUAAUUUCAAUAAAGAAUAUUUUUACUGCCCCACUGAAAA